UCUCCCACCUCACAUUUGCCAGUACCACAGCUCUCCGACUGGCAACCAACCGGAGCAUUGUGUCGUCUUGGCGGCGAAGGGAGCGAGAGGAGGAAGGGAUAGACAAGACAGUCAAAGAGGGAGGUGAGAGAGGUGAGAGUGGCAUACGGACCCACAGCCUCCAUGUCCACGCUUUGAAGAUACUCACGGGUGUGUGGAGGUGUUCUGAGUGGUGUCAGACAGCUUGGCUCCAAUUUGAUCUCAGAGAUUGACAGACAGACACUGACAGGCUGCAGCGAGAGCGACCUGAGGAGGAGGAGGACGAGGAGGAGGAGGGCGUUAAACACUGAGGAGAUACACCAUGUGCGUUCACAGAUCACUUGAACUCUGACGGAUUUUGCAUGACAGACAGACGAGCCACACUGGAUGUCAUGAUGUAUCUACUCUUUGAUAUCAAUCCAAUCUUCGGCGGUCUGGGACGUUUUGAAUGCUGAAAAGGAUUUUGACUCACAUCCUCAAAAUACACAGACAGACAGAGACGGACAGAUUCAUUAAGAGCAGCCACUGGAGACUCGUUCAGAAACCUAGAGUGUGCUGCUCAGGAUGUACUGUGAGAAAAAUACACGCCAAAUCAGACCGCGGCAACCACCCCGGCUCCACGCUCCACCCAGGGACGACACCGCAGAAAUAGUCAUCCGUUAAAGACAGAAAACUCACACACUGAUCUGGCGAAGGUAAGAGCAAUUGAUGGAUUCAGGCUGGCCAGAGGAAAAUCUACAGUUUUAAUGAGGUAGAGCCGCCGAAUAUUGUAUAAUCUGCAUGAAAGAGGAGCAAAGGAAGAAGAAAUAAAGGGUUAUAAGUCGCCUAUAUGGAAAAGACACAUAGACUUUGCAAGGAGAGGUUUAAAGGGCUCUGUGUGUCAGUCUGCAGGAACCACAACAUGUUAAUUACUCUCACACACAUAUAAAGACACCAAGACACACACACACACACGCAGGGCAGCCGAGAGGAGCAGGACCUCGCACUGACAGGGAGAUUUCAGCACCAUGAUGGAGAAGCUGAACCCCAGCAGCACACCUGCCUCACCCCCCGAACUACCUCGCUCCUCCUCCUCCUCCUCCACCGCCUCCUCCCCAUCCUGUGCCUCCCUAGAGCAGCAUAGUCCCCUCCAGAACAAGACAUCCACGGAUGCUAUCAGCGGCCCGCCUCCCACUAACAAGGCAGGGCGCAAGGGACACACGGAUGUCCCCACUGCUGGCUCGAUUCGGUCCCCCAUUGCCGCGACGACAGUGUUAACCAGUCACCACGCGGAUAAAACAGCUGCACCUGAACCCAUCGUCAUGGAGACCGAGGAGGAGGAGGAGGAGGAGAGGCGCGGAGGACCAACGCCCACCACAGCCACUGGUGCCUCUGCCAACCAGUCCCCAACUCUUUCCUCUCCGCCUCCGCUCCUCCCGGCACCAGCCAAGACCUCCCCGUGUCCUCUACCACCUCCCACCUCCACCACAUCACUCCCCUUGUCCUCAUCAUCCUCUCCUCUUCCUCCACACAUUCCAGUUAUCAGCCUCGGCCACAGCAAGCCCCCUCUCCCCCUCACCAAUACCCCUUUGACUGCUCUCCACCCAAUUCCCAACCUCCUGCACGGGCCCCACGGGGACCUUCGCCGCAAUCAGCUGACCUGCUUGCCUGGGGCCAGCCCUGGAGCUUCUGGACCUGCAGUAGGUUCCGGGGGGCAUUCGACUCCUUCAUCAGGACCCCUGUUGCCUCAGCAGUACCUGUCUGCACACCCCUUCUUCACCAGUUCUUACCUGGGUCCCUCAGCAGGAAAUUAUAGUGUCAUCAGCAACAGCCGGAUGAAGAGAAGACCUUCGUCACACUUUGAGGUGGAGAUCAGCGAAUGCCCUCCACAGAAAAUCGCUCGCCGUGUCUUCACCAACAGCCGCGAGCGCUGGCGACAGCAGAACGUGAACGGCGCUUUCUCUGAGCUGAGAAAGCUCAUUCCCACACACCCACCCGACAAGAAGCUCAGCAAGAACGAGAUCCUUCGUCUGGCUGUGAAGUACAUCAACUUCUUGGUCACUCUGCUCAACGACCAGGCCCAGGACAAGAGCAGGGACUCCACUGACAAUGAGGCUGAGGACGAAAGCGUCGCGGCCGGGCUGGACGGUAACAAACUGAACCCUCUCUUUCAGUGCGACACUCCUCCCCUGUCCCACGCCGCACCACCACCAUCUGUCCACAGAGACAGAGACUCGACCGACUCAGUCAUCGCACUGGCCAACUCCCCGGCAACGUCCAGUUGCUAUGGUGACACAGACAGCGAGGAGAGCUUCGGGGCUAAGGCCUCUUUGGUGACCCAUGGCAUUCUGGGAAAAGUUAAGGGUCAGAUAAGGAUGGUGGCGGCCACAAAUGAUGAGCGGUGACACCAGAGGACAGCAGGCAAAGAGGCGUGCAGCCACACGGAGUUUAAAUGUCACAAUGACGGACAGGACAGAACACACAGUCAUCGGCCCACAUCAGAAGUAGUGUGAAUAAGUAAGAAAUGGAUUUCUGGCGAUUUUUUGUACUCCGUGUUUUUUCUGGUGAUGUGCAAACACUGAGUGUGAAGCUCUGUGUUACGAUGGAAAAUAGUGAACUGUGCUCUGGGGCCAGUUGAGAGAUGAAUGAAAACAUCACAGAACAUUCAGACUUGUAUGUGUUUCAUAUCAAAAUAAAGUCAGAGUGUUGCUUUGUUAAACAUUCACCUCAUUGUCAAACAGCAUGGAUCCAUAACAUGGAUAAAUGAUGCAAAACAGGAUCCUGGAAAUCUAAUUGGAUGAUAUCAGGCUGAAUUUACAGCAGCAACCAAAUCUAAUCAACCUAAAAUGACAUAAAACUCAAAUAAUCCUUUCUCGGUCAAGAAAUUAAGGAUGUUGAUCUCCACCUCUGUAGACCCAUAAAAAUUCUGUCUGUUAAUUCUGUCGCAUGUUUAAAUUUCCAUGUAAAUAAGCAACAUUGCUCCAGUGCAGUUAUGGUGAGCCGGACAGCCACAUACUCCACUGCACCUGCAGAGGAGUGCAUGUCGUGCAUUAAUAGAUCAGAGUUUCAGCUUUUAAUGUUCCUGCUGUUCUUAUUGUAAGAGAAGCGGGGUCGAUGGUCCCACCCUGACGUUGUGACACACUUGUACCAGACAGAAAUAAAGUGUGUUUUAGUUUGCUGUUCCGUAUUUGACAUCCUCUUAUUGCGCUCCAAAGACAGCUCUUUGUCAGCUCUGUGUCAGCACGAUUUCUCAACACAUCCAAAUGCUUUGCCGUGUUUGCCAAAUGUUUAGGGAACAUUUGCGUACCCACAGAGUAUUCAGUGAGUAGUAGUCUCAGUGUGCCGUGAUCACAAUAACCGUCAAAUGUUAAACAUAUAAAUGCAAUGCUGUGAGGAAAUGUGACUGCUUAUUUUAAACAACAACACAGAGCACCAUGACAAACUUGUCACCACACAUUAUACAGUCAGGGCCUCCAGUCAGACUCCAUGUUGUUUGUUUGUGCUGUUCCACAGAAUGACAGAUUGAUAAUGGUGCAUUUAACAAGGGAGCCAUAAACAACACCAGUUAAAAAGAAAUAAAAAUAGUGAGUGGCGUGACACCCUGAAGCCCAGUAUAAGUGUUCGCUGACAUUACUGUGACAAUCCCAGCCCUGGAGCAAAGAAGGAGAAAACCUGGUGACUCAACAGUUGCUGAUGAAGUGCUGGAGUUUUUGCAGGAAGCAGAUUUAGCGGAGUGUUGCACCAGUCUACAAUGCUUUUUUGUGAUGGAAAACGUACUUUUAGCAAUAACACCAUGUAAGAAAACUCUAAAAGCAAAAGUCCUGCAUUUAAAAUCUAGCAUCUAGCAAACGUAUUAACAUCAAAAUGUAUUUAAAGUAUCAAAAGUAAAAAUACUCAUUAUGCAGAAUGGCCCCAAUUCAGAAUAAUAUACAUUAUAUUACUAGGUUAUAAUUACUGACGGUAGAGGUGGAGCUAAUUUGAACUACUUUAUGCACUAUGCAGA